GGAAAGCUGCCGUUUCAGCAAUCAUCUUGCCUGCCUCCCACCUGACUGCAUCCUCUGUGGCCACAGGCUCACUCACUCAUGGGGCCUGCCUGGGCCCAGGCCCACUUGACAGGUGAUCUCUGGCUGCCUCUGCUCUGGCUACUCGUGUCCCCGGUCUGUUGCUCCCGUGACCUCCCAGGAUGGCGCUUCACUUCCUCUGAAGUUGUGAUCCCCAGGAAGGUGUCUCACAGGGUGAGUGGAGCUGAGAGGCAAGGCCAGCUUUCCUAUAAGAUCCACUUCAGAGGCCAAAGACAUGUGGUUCACAUGAAAGUCAAGAAGAGCUUGCUGCCCACACAUUUUCCUGUCAUCACCAACAACGAUCAAGGUGCCAUGCAGAAGGACUAUCCAUUUGUCCCUCGAGACUGUUACUACUACAGCUACCUGGAAGGGGUUCCUGGGUCCAUGGGCACGCUGGACACCUGCUACGGGGGCCUGCGUGGCAUGCUGCAGGUAGAUGACUUCACUUAUGAAAUAAAACCGCUGGAGGCUUCUUCCAGAUUCGAGCAUGUAGUCUCUUUGCUUGUGUCAGAAGGAAGACCGUCAGAGUCUCGAAGGUGUAAGAUUGAAGAGCAAUAUACAAAUCAGGUGUAUGAAGAGGCAAUCCUUUCUGGAGCUCCUAGAGCAGCCCCCGUUUAUUUGUGGUGGCCACAUAAGAAAUAUUUAAAAAUUCACUACACAGUUUCUAGCUCAUUAACUGCACGGAACAGUAAUUACACUCGUAUAACAGAGAAUGUAGUGAUUUUGAACAAUAUAUUACAUACCAUUUAUAAACCAACUCUCCUAGAUGUCAAUGUCCGUCUUUUGUGUAUAUGGGAUGGAAUGGAUCCGAUUAAUUUUUAUAGUUUCCCAACAGCUGCAGCAGCUAUAACUGAAUUUGGUUUGUGGAAAUACUACGGUUUCUUUGACGAUAUUCCUCAUGAUACAUCAAUACUUCUUACAGGACAUAGACUCUCUGGGGCCUUAUAUUAUGGCCACCAAAAUGGAAUAUGCAACCCCAAUUGGGGAGCAAGCUAUGUAUAUGUAGCAAAUUAUCACUUAUUUUUAGCUGCAGCUAUUUCAGCACAUGCAGUAGGUCAUAAUUUAGGCCUCACACAUGAUGUACCCGGUUGUCAUUGCUUCCGAAGAGAACGUUGUGUCAUGGCUCCUGAGCCUGACUUAUUGGAUAUGAUGAGCAACUGUUCUUAUGAGGCACUGCACCACCGGAUUUCUAUUUGGGACCCUUGUCUGAGCAUACCAAAUCAACCAUACCAAAAUUUUCCUUAUGUAGCUGCUCGUUGUGGUGACCUAAUUGUAGAUCGGAAUGAAAAUUGUGAUUGCGGCUCCUUAAAACAGUGUUCUAAGAAUAAGUGUUGUAAGACCAAUUGUAUCCUUUCCCGAGGCAGUGACUGCAGUGAAGGGCCCUGCUGUGUUAACUGCAAAUUUGCUCAACCUGGAAAGAUUUGCAGAGACAUACUUGGUAUUUGUGAUCUACCAGAAUACUGUGAUGGGAAAACGCAUAAUUGUCCAAAUGACAUGUACACCCAGGAUGGAACCCCAUGUUCAGCAUUAGCUGUUUGUGUGAGAGGAAACUGUAGUGACCGUGAUAUGCAGUGUCAAGCCCUUUUUGGCUACCAAAUUAAAGAUGCUUCACCAACAUGCUAUGAAAAACUGAAUAUACUAGGUGACCGAUUUGGAAACUGUGGAGUGAGGGUGUUACAAGGAGGAGGAAAACCUGCUAAAUGUGAAGAAGAUGAUGUUCUUUGUGGAAUGCUGCACUGUAGUAAUGUCCAUGAAAUACCUGGUGGAGGGACCUCAUUACCGCUAGAGCUGUUACCAAACACUGAUCUGGCCCAAUCUGUCUUGUCAUCAAACUGGGCCGUGGAAGAGAGGCACGGCUGA